GUCAGGCAGAUCAGGUAUAAAAACUUCAGAGAGCAGCUCUUGCUUUUCGGCUCGCGUCUGCCUGGACUCCCCAAGGACAUGGCCACCAAGGUGGAAGUGAGGGUCAACGGGCACCCAGGAGGAGUCCUGGCCGGGGCAAGGGAGCACGUCCAAGCAGUGACCAGGAACUAUAUCACCCACCCGAGACUGACCUACUGGACUGUGAGUGGCGUGAAUGGGCCACUGGUUGUCCUGGACAAUGUUAAGUUUGCCCAGUAUGCGGAGAUUGUCAACUUUACCCUCCCGAACGGCACACAGCGAAGUGGCCAGGUACUGGAAGUGUCUGGCUCCAAAGCCAUUAUCCAGGUGUUCGAAGGAACAUCUGGGAUCGAUGCGAGGAAGACGUCCUGCGAGUUCACGGGGGACAUUCUCCGCACACCUGUUUCCGAGGACAUGCUUGGCCGAGUCUUCAACGGUUCCGCCAAACCCAUUGACAAAGGACCAACUGUGAUGGCAGAAGAUUUCCUGGACAUUAACGGCCAGCCCAUCAACCCGCACGGGCGCAUCUACCCCGAAGAGAUGAUCCAGACUGGGAUCUCCCCCAUCGAUGUCAUGAACAGCAUUGCCAGGGGUCAAAAGAUCCCCAUCUUCUCUGCUGCAGGUCUCCCCCACAAUGAGAUCGCGGCCCAGAUCUGCAGGCAAGCAGGGCUGGUGAAGAAAUCCAAAGACGUCAUGGAUUACCACGAGGACAACUUUGCCAUCGUCUUUGCUGCCAUGGGGGUGAACAUGGAGACGGCCCGCUUCUUCAAGUCGGACUUUGAGGAGAACGGCUCCAUGGAGAACGUCUGCCUCUUUCUGAACCUGGCCAAUGACCCCACGAUCGAGCGCAUCAUCACCCCACGCCUGGCCCUGACCACGGCCGAGUUCCUCGCCUACCAGUGCGAGAAGCACGUCCUCGUGAUCUUGACGGACAUGAGCUCCUACGCUGAGGCGCUGCGCGAGGUCUCGGCUGCCAGGGAGGAGGUCCCCGGGCGCAGAGGCUUCCCAGGGUACAUGUAUACUGACCUGGCGACCAUCUACGAGAGAGCCGGGCGCGUGGAGGGCAGGAACGGCUCCAUCACUCAGAUCCCCAUCCUGACCAUGCCCAACGAUGAUAUCACUCACCCCAUUCCUGACUUGACCGGAUUCAUCACUGAAGGGCAAAUUUAUGUGGACAGGCAGCUCCACAACAGACAGAUCUACCCUCCCAUAAAUGUCCUCCCGUCCCUCUCCCGUCUGAUGAAGUCGGCCAUCGGAGAAGGCAUGACCAGGAAGGACCAUGGAGAUGUCUCCAAUCAGCUGUACGCCUGCUACGCCAUCGGCAAGGACGUCCAAGCCAUGAAGGCCGUGGUCGGGGAGGAAGCCCUGUCAGCUGACGACCUCCUCUUCUUGGAGUUUCUGCAGAAGUUCGAGAAGCAGUUCAUUGCACAAGGCGCCUACGAAAACAGGACCGUCUUUGAGUCUCUCGACAUUGGCUGGCAGCUGCUGCGGAUCUUCCCCAAAGAGCUGCUGAAACGGAUUCCGGAGAAUAUCCUGGCAGAGUACUACCCCCGGGAAGCCAGAGGGGCCGAAGGCUCCUCCAACACGGCCCUCUGAGCCUCAGGGCUUGUCCACAUUAGGGCACAAUGUUGCUCUAAACCCACUUAACUGACUUGGCGGGUUGAGAUGGGGUGGCUGAUCCAAGGCUUUGGGGACAUUUACACAUCGCCGCCAGAAAGAGGAAUAUGAACCUGGAUGUAGACACACACUUUCAUUGCCGUGAAAUAAUCAGUUGUCAGUGCUGUCAUGAUUCAAAAUAAAAGUGUCUACUCAAA